GAUGCACAGCUCCGCGACUUCGACACACGUCCCACGUGGAGGCAGGAGGACGGCGUCUACCGCCGCGGCGGUGACCUCCUCAUCGACUAUGGAUGCCCAGGAGGGGCAGACAGCAAGACCAUUGUCUACCACAACCCGUUCAACAAUGGAAAUCCUGCCCAACGAUCCGCUGAAGUCGAGGGCUUCCUCGUCAAGUCCGGGAUUCGGCGGGUCUUCAGCGGGCACCAGCCGCAUGGAGAGAGCCCCACAGUGGUGAGGCAUGUUCGUUCCGGACUACUCGUUGUCACCGCAGAUACAUCGUACUCCAACAUGAGUGCCUUGAAGCUCUUCAACCAGGCGAACAAUCGUGGAGAAGUGGUCACUACGGUGCGUUUGGCCGGAGAGGAAGUUCAUUUGGAGGGUGUUCUUCGCGACGGGACGAAGCACAAGUGCACUUUGCACUGCGACCCGAUGAAGGACGAAAUGCCAGAUGCUUUAGUCGGCUGUCAGCUGAAUGAUGGGUCUUGGGUGAAGACGGUGUUGGAGGAUGGGCGUGUGCUUGCUGCACUGGGGAAGCGGUUUCAGGUCAGUGUCCAGGCCAUGCACCCGGGCAAGGCGUGUUUGAUGCUCAAAAGUGUCUACUCCGAAGAGCGGCUGUCGGUUAGUCUGAAGAAUCUUUCGGCUGAAUGGCUUCUGGAAUCCGAGCUUGAGGUGCAGCUCUGUCCCGGGCCUGAGCCGAGCGGUUCGGAGGGAAUCGAGAACUCGUACAACGCGACACAGUUCAAGCGUGAGGAGUUCGACAGUGCCGAGACCUACAUCUUUGAUGGUCAUGGCACCCUCUGGGGCGUGCGCGGCCAGUCGCAAUCCAUGUCCAAUAUGGAUUUGGAGAGGCAGGUGGUGGACAACGUGAACCAGCUCAUCCUUGCUGGCAAGAGAGUCAUUUUUGCCACCAAUGAUUCCAACUACUCCCGGCGGAUGUACAUCGACAGGCUUUUGAACCACGGAAUCCAGCUGUGUGCCAACGACGAGCACUCCCGGAAGCUCGCGCGACAGAAGGUGAUUACAGCAUCUUUUACCUGCGCAUGGUUCCUGAAGAAGGCUCUAAUCCGAAAGCCCUUCGUGAUCUGCUCUCACUUGGGCCUUCUGGAGGAGUUGAAGGAGGCGGGUAUCACCGAGUAUGUCGCCACCAUCGACGAGGACGGCUGCCCAAAGCCGGAGUACUCCAAGCCUGUGACGAAGGACAACGUGACCGAGCUUGUUCAUCGCUCCAAAGAUGUCGAUGCGAUCGUCGUAGGCUGGGACCAACAGCUCACAGCUCUCAAAGUGGCCGUCGCUGCAGCCUUCCUCAAGUUCAGCCGCGAAUGUGCAGAAGAGGGGCAGAACGUGAUGCAGAUUGUGCAGUGCUCAUCUGAUCAUGCAGGGGUCCUGGGUGUUACCGCAGAGGAUUUCCUGCCUGGACGCAACUGGUGCAACCGGAGCAUUCCGGCCGUCGGCAAUGGAACCAUGUGCCAAAUGAUUUGCAAUUCCGUGGGCGCAGACAUCCAGGCACCGUCGGCCACAGGGAUGACCGGAUAG